UGUUUCCGAAAAGUGAACGUUUCACGAGUCAACAGCACAGCAACGUCGUUCGAGAAGUUCUAAGCGCUGUUUGCGACAUUUUUCUUUCUUUUAUCCGUCAUCCAAUGUUUUGUGUGAUGAAAUAACACGUUGAUUAGCAAGUAAUUUCGAUUUUAGUGUUCAUAGUCGUAAUAAAGUAACUGCUAGAUUACGAUAUAAGCUAAUAUGGGCGACGAAAGCCACCCGAAAACUCUCUACGUCGGUAAUUUAGACGCGAGUGUGACAGAAGAAUUUCUAUGCGCGUUGUUCGGACAAAUAGGCGAAGUUAAAGGCUGUAAAAUAAUACGUGAACCCGGCAACGAUCCGUAUGCGUUUCUCGAAUUUACAAAUCACACUUCAGCGGCUACAGCCCUGGCCGCCAUGAACAAGCGAGUGUUUCUCGACAAGGAAAUGAAGGUUAACUGGGCUACUAGUCCUGGCAAUCAGCCGAAGACGGAUACUAGCAACCAUCACCAUAUAUUUGUGGGUGAUUUAUCACCGGAGAUCGAAACUCAUAUACUUCGUGAGGCCUUCGCACCGUUUGGUGAAAUCUCUAAUUGUCGAAUAGUGCGUGAUCCCCAGACUCUUAAAUCUAAGGGUUACGCUUUUGUAUCUUUUGUAAAGAAGGCUGAUGCCGAAGCCGCCAUCCAGUCGAUGAACGGCCAGUGGUUGGGUUCGCGCUCUAUACGUACAAAUUGGUCAACACGUAAGCCACCGACCAAUAGACCAAACGAAGGCACACCAAGUAGCAAACGAGUUAAGCAACCAACAUUUGACGAGGUGUACAACCAAAGCUCACCGACAAAUACGACCGUUUACUGCGGAGGCUUCACAAGUAAUGUCAUCACAGAGGAGCUGAUGCAGAGUACAUUCUCACAGUUUGGUCAGAUACAGGAUGUUAGAGUGUUUAGGGACAAAGGCUAUGCCUUCAUUAGGUUCACAACAAAAGAGGCCGCAGCCCAUGCAAUUGAAGCAACACAUAACACAGAAAUUAGCGGGCACACAGUUAAAUGUUUCUGGGGUAAAGAGAAUGGUGGCGGAGAGAACCAGAGUACAAAUAACCCACCUGCAGCUGCAACAGCAAUGGGAGCACAAACACAAUACCCAUAUGCAUAUCAGCAAGGAAUGGGCUAUUGGUAUGCACAGGGCUACCCAGCUAUUCAGGGCUAUAUGGCGCCUGGAUAUUACCAGCAAUAUCCCACCGCUUAUAGCAAUCCUCAGGCGGCUGCUGCUGCGGGCUAUCGCAUGAGCAUGCCUGGUGGCGCCGGCGCCGGGGCGUCGUGGGGCGGCACAGCGCAGCCCCUCAUGUACGCCUCCGCGGCCAUGCCCUCCGCGCAGUACCCCUCGCAGUAGCGCCCCGCGCGAGCCCCGCCC